AUGGGAAAACGCAAACAUCCUGAGGAAGAUUACUUGGAAAGAAAAAUCCGAAGUCUCGAGAGGAAAAGAUUGAAGAUUCGUCGCAGGCGCCGUCAUCGUAGUUAUAGCCCUAGUACGUCCUCAUAUACAGAUAAUGAAUAUGAGUAUGCGGACCAAGAUAUCGGUGAGCCCGAUCCCUUGCUAGAGGAUUCGCAAUAUGAAGAAUCCCCAUUGACCAACAAUACUGUAUACGACUUAACCGAUGAUGAGGUCGGUGCUUCAACGUCGGGUGCGCUGCCUGCUGCUGGCGGGCUGCGAUCGGUGGUCAUACAGAAUAGAAGCGCCGCCGGGCCCCGCGCGGUGGACGCGCCGGCCCCCGCGCCCCCUCCCGCACCCGCCGCCGCCGCCGCGCCGGCGUGCGCGCCCGCGGCCGCGACCACCACGCCGGCUGCGCCCGCUCCCGCGCCUACAUCCGCAGCUACCACCACACAGGUGACCGGUGAACAAAUUGGUUUACAAGAAUCUACGCCGAUUGUGACCGCGCUUGAUCCCGGUUUAUUAUGUUUGUUGGGCGAUGAGCCCGUAAAAGAAGAAACAUUUGGUCCUUGCAUUCACGACGAUAUCUCGACGAGAUGGUCCGACAUUCUAGUUAAUGGUAUGAAGGACGAUAUUAAGAAUGAUAUUUUAAAACGUUACGAAAUACCAGAAAAUUUAAAAUUAGCGCAAGCUCCUAUACUCAAUCCCGAGAUUAAGGUGGCGUGUAAUGAUAAUGUUUUAAAACGGGAUAAUAUUCUAAGUGACAAACAAAAGUUGCUCUCGACUAUUAUAACAGGAGUUGCCAAUACAUUGUCGAAUAUCUUGACAACAGAUUCAACUUUAGACAACAACAAACAGGGGAUCAUAAAGUCACUGAGCGAUACAGGUAGACUAUUAUGUCACUUACAUUUUUCAGAGACUCAGAGCAGGCGUAAUUUCUUGGUGCCUAGUUUAAAUAAGGAGAUCAAGGAUAAUAUUAAGGACUUAAAGCGCGAUAGUUUGCUUUUUGGUAAAGAAUUACAAGAAAGUCUGAAGUCAAUAAAAGCAAUGACUAAAACCGGAGCAGAAUUGAGACCGACUGUCACAAAGCCUAAAUGGACGCCCAAGCACCAACAGGCAGGAGCAGGACCGUCGACAUCGAGGGCUUUAAACUGGAGGGGGCAGCCGUCGUCGGCGUCGCGGCCGCCGCCUCGCCAGAGUCGCCAGACGCCAGCGAGGACGAGCUACACGCGUGGCGGGCGCAGACCGCCGCCGCCGUCCCGCCGCGCGAGCGACCGCCGAGCGCCGCCGCCGCGGCCGCACACCCGGACCUCGCGCCGCUAGCAU